AUGGGAUUCUUCCUCCAACCUUCACUGACAUUUUCACAGCCCGCUACACUCCCUGACCUGACCCAAUUGACCGAAGACACCAGCACCAAUGGACGUCUUCGCAGAGCUCUUCCCCACACUCGUUGUCGACACCCUGGGCGCGGGCGACGCACCGCUCGGCGGUCCUUCCCCGCUCGCGGGCCCCUCCUCAUCUGGGGACUCGUCCUUCUCGAUACUCGCAGGACCCGCCGUAUACCCAUCACCCGUGUCGUCGCACAACCGCCACGACCCCGAAGUCCUCUCCGUCCUCGUCAAUGCAGAGAAGGGAGGCACCUCCAUGGCCCACGCCUGGUGCGUCGUCGCAUAG